AAAACUUCGAUUGGCAGUUGAUAACUGGAGAGCGUGGAGGCAUGACAGCAGCGAAGCACAGGCACCACAGGAACACAGAAUUUGGCCAGAUCACUGUCUAGUCCAACCUCAGAUUUCCUUUUUCCUGUUUAAUUAAGAGCUCGGCAGCAGAAUGAGCUCUGUGAUUGUGAGGUAGGUUAACAGUGGGACAGUAGGUGGAGAAGGAGCAGAAACGCUGAGAUGACAGCACACAGCUUCAGCAGCUUUAUCGUCUUCAUAACUCAUCUGAGCCUCAUCUAUUGCUAUGAUUUUAAAGUGAUUCAACCACAGAAUCGAACUGUAAACCAAGAUGAGUUAGCGUCUAUCAGCUGUGAACACACCGCAGAAGUCACCUCUGUGGAAGACUUUCAACUCCUCAGCAUGUCACCAACAGACAGUUCUGGAAACAUACUCUGCCAGAAAGGAGUGAAAAAGAGUGAGAACAUCACCUGUCUUGAAGUCAAUCCCAAAAAGUUCCUCUUUAUCAUAUUCAACAUCGGACCUGAGGACAUGAGCAUGAAAUAUGUGUGUGAGAUUACAGUAAAGGAUGAAAAUGAUCUACAUCACACUGAGAGAGGAAGACCAACCACGUUACUGCCAGGUCAAACGGAAGUGGUCUCUAUAUCUCCUCCUCCUCCUCCUCUUCCUCUCCAUCACUCUCUUAAGCUGUGGUGGAUUGCGAUUGGUUUGCUGGCUCUGAUGUUCCUGUACAGCUGUGUCAUCACUUCUUUCUACAUCAGACUGAGGUGCAGGAGCAUGAAUCCUGAGAACUCCACCUACGUAGUAAUGAGGAAAGCUCCUCUGCCAAGGAAUCGAGAUUUCGACAUUUAUUGUGGGUAGCUAUUCAUCUGUCUUCACCACUGUUCUCAUGCUGAAUGUAAUGAGAGGGGAACACAUGGACAUCCUAUGAGGCAGCUGGUAUCACAGUCCAGAGUUCGAUUUACCUUUAUAUCUCAUGUCUCUUUUUCUGCAUGAGCUGAAAGCCGUUGUACUGCUGAAAAUGAACAGGAGGGUGAGACAAAGACCAUGUAAAGUGACCAUGCUGCCUGCUGCAGCGUCUGUUCAUCUUUGCUUUUACAGUUGUAUGUGCCACUAUAUUAUCCUUUAUAUAAGAAAUAUAUGUACAAUUAUACUUUAGCUUUUCAAUAUCUUUCUCUUAUAUCGAUGUUUUAAAAAAAUGUGGUGUACAGUAUCGUUAAUGACGCUUAGCUUGACGGUUACAGUAGCUCAUGUUGUUGUUGUCACCAAGCAUCCCCACUGAUUUUUGUGUGGACGAGCAAAUGUCAUUAUGUUGUGUGACUGCUGCAAAAGCAAACACAGUGAGAAACUCUUUACAGCUGCUGUUCAACAUGAAAGGAUCAUCUUUCCCCAAAACCUUCCCAAAUGAUUUUUUCUGAUACAUAAUCCAUAUUUUUAAUAUGUGCACUUUUAACUUAAGUUUGUUCAUUUCCGUUGUGAAUUGAAUGCAUUUUAUUUCACACAGUAUAAUUUGCUAUGCUUCUUUUGAUCACCACAGUGUUCAUGCACUUGCACAUUAUAUUGUUUUUACAGUUUAUUAAUAGCAAUAUUUUUCUUUAUUAUUACCGUACAUUGCAUUCACUGGCCAUGAGUUGUCCCAGGAGAUGGUCUGAUGGGUCUCCAAGUCACGAGCACCGCCUUGUAUGAAU